AUUUUAAGGCUGGUUUUGCUUUAGGGUUUUUUUUUUUAAUUUUUUUUUUUAUUUUUAUGGGUUUAUUAAUUAGCUUUCUUGAAGAUAUAGAUAGUGGUGAGUGGUGACCUUUGAGUUAUGAGCUACACGGUGUGAGUUUUUAUGACUCCCCCAUGUGUUAUCAAGAAAUUGAAUCCUUGAACAAAUUAUUAGUUCACUCUGAUAAUCAAGAAGCAGUGUUUUCCAUGGAUUCACCUUCUGCCACCGGUUCAACUCCGGGUUCAAAUGACGAAACCCCACGUGUAAAAUUCUUGUGUAGUUUCUUAGGUAGCAUUUUGCCGAGGCCCCAAGAUGGGAAAUUGAGAUAUGUAGGUGGGGAGACUCGGAUUGUGAGCUUGCCGAGGGAUGUGAGUUAUGAGGAGUUGAUGAAUAGGAUGAGAGAGCUUUAUGAGGGAGCUGUGAUGUUGAAGUAUCAACAACCGGAUGAGGAUCUUGAUGCUUUGGUAUCGGUUGUUAAUGAUGAUGAUGUCACUAACAUGAUGGAGGAGUAUGAGAAGUUGGGUUCUGGUGAUGGGUUUACAAGAUUGAGGAUUUUUCUGUUUUCGUACCCGGACCAGGAUGGUUCGGGGCAUUAUGUUGAUGGGGAUGAUAGGGAGACUGAGAGGAGGUACGUGGACGCGUUAAAUAACAUGAAUGAGGGUAAUGAUUUUAGGAAGAUGCAACCGGAUUCUCCAGUGCUUGGUGCGGUUGAUGAUAUUCAUUUGGCGGAUAGGUUUUUUAACACUAUGAGUCUUGAGGGUGGUUUACAUAAUCAGCCACAGUUUAAUAUGCAUCACCUAACGAUUCCUCAUAUGGGAUCGGGGCAACUUCAGCAGCCUGUUACUCAGAGGUAUAAUGAAAUGGAAGGUCCAUGGAGUCCUGCAUAUUAUUCUCCUAGGCAGUAUGGACAUCAUGAUCCAAGACCAUUACCUGAGUUCCCGUCUUCGCCUUCUUCUGCCUGGUACCGAAUGCCAUUUGGCGAGGAUAGAAUGCCUGAUGAAUAUGCUCGGCAACAUGUAAAUCAUCAUCCCACGUAUGAACCCCAGCCACAAAUUUCCGAGAAUCUAGUAAGGAUGCCGCCAGUAGCUAUAUCUGGAGAUAAGACUGGUUUCCCUGGUAAUUUACUUCAUGGCCAUCAUGUUUAUGAUGCGAAUGGAGUCUGUGAGCUCUGCCGGCCUACCAUUCACAGAAAUCAUCUGCACUUGGAGCAGCCCAGUAUGGGUAAUGGAUUUCCCCAGGGAUCAAAUCCAUUAGCUGAAUGUCGUCCAAACAGGGACAAUUUUCUUUUGAAUGCCGAAGCAAAGUUGCCACAUGGUUUGUAUCCUAAAGAUCAGAAUGAUACUCGACCUUUGUAUAAUGAGAGUCAGAGUCAUGAAAGAGGAUGGGUUCUGCCGCAUCAGUUGAAUCCUCGGGUUGACGAAGUAAGAACACAUAUCUCUGGAGCUGGAAGAUUGAGUGAUCCCUACAUGGUGGAUAGUCCGGGCAUAAAUUUUCCUCAUGUGCAUGGAAAUCUGGCAGAGGGUCAUCAUAUGUCCCCAAAUCACGUUCACCAUCGAGGACCUGAAAUGGGGAAUGAAAUGUUUCAUGAUCAAGCUGUGGCUGCAGCGCCCCACAUGCAUGUUCCUCCACCUGAAGAACGUGUGCGGUAUGGUAAUUUUCCUUAUGGUGCAGAUAAUCUUCACCCAGCAUCUCAUGGACAUGUGCAGACGCAAACUUUGUGGAGAAAUGUUCAGAACCCAGUGCACAGUGCUCCCUCUUAUGAAGCAUCUACUCCAAUUGUUAAUGGUUCCGUUAAUCCUACAUUUCUUAGGGGUACAGUGGAUGGCAAUCCAAGGCUUGGUGUUGGGUUGGAUAAUCAAAACUCUUGGGUUGAGUCCUCACCAAAAGUGCAGGGUUUUGAUGGGACAGGCACUCCUACAGAAUAUUAUUACGGCCCAGCUCUAAAGUUGAAUCCACAAAACCAUAAUCAUGAACACCAAUCUUCAGACCCUGUGCAGCAAUCAGAUUCUUCAGUUUUGGUUCAUGAUAAAUUGGUGUCGUCCAUAUCUUCAAUUUCCAAUAUGGGAUUGAGAAAUAAAAAUGUGGUUGAAGUAGUUCAGAUGGAGGACAAAGCUAACCUUGGACAAGAAAAUGAAACAAAUCACAUAAAAAAGGUUGAAAACACUGAUGCGCUAAGCAUAUCUUCUCCUGAACAGAACCCAAUUGCUGAUAAAUCUAGUGGUCUGAAUAGCUUGGGGACUGGGGAAGUGAGUGGUAAUGUUGUGAAGCAAGGCGAAAACGGUCCUCCAGAAGAUUCACAGCUCUCAGCUAACCGUUUGAGUUUCUUGCCUGAUUUGAUUGCUUCUGUAAAAAGAGCAGCACUAGAAGGGGCAGAGGAGGUAAAAGCUAAAGUUGACGAAGAUGCUGAUUCUAGAAAGCCCGAUUCAGUGCCAAAAGAAGUGCGUACAAAUGAAUCAGAAUUAACAAACGUUCAUGGGGAAUUGGAGAUGGAUUCUGAUACUGACAAUGUAAACUCCAAAAUUGAGCCAACUAAGGCAGAGGCUGAAGCUAUUGCCAGGGGGUUACAGACAAUAAGAAAUGAUGAUCUUGAGGAGAUACGCGAAUUAGGUUCAGGAACCUAUGGAGCUGUUUUCCAUGGCAAGUGGAAGGGUUCUGAUGUAGCAAUAAAAAGAAUCAAAGCCAGCUGCUUUGCGGGGAGACCUUCUGAAAGAGAACGCUUGAUUGCGGAUUUCUGGAAGGAGGCUUUGUUAUUGAGUUCUUUGCACCAUCCAAAUGUUGUGUCUUUUUAUGGUAUAGUACGUGAUGGUCCUGAUGGAUCUCUAGCAACUGUGACAGAAUUCAUGGUUAAUGGAUCAUUGAAACAGUUUUUGCAGAAGAAGGACAGAACUAUUGACCGGCGUAAGAGACUCAUCAUAGCUAUGGAUGCAGCUUUUGGAAUGGAGUAUUUGCAUGGAAAGAACAUUGUACAUUUUGAUUUAAAAUGUGAAAAUCUGUUAGUGAAUAUGAGAGAUCCUCAGCGACCAGUAUGCAAGAUUGGUGAUUUAGGCUUGUCAAAGGUAAAGCAACAGACAUUAGUGUCAGGAGGUGUUCGUGGAACUUUACCCUGGAUGGCACCUGAGCUUCUGAGUGGAAAAAGUCACAUGGUAACGGAAAAGAUUGAUGUAUACUCGUUUGGGAUUGUUAUGUGGGAAGUACUUACGGGGGAUGAACCUUAUACAGAUAUGCAUUGUGCUUCUAUUAUUGGAGGAAUUGUGAACAACACGUUACGCCCAAAAAUUCCAACAUGGUGUGAUCCUGAAUGGAAGUCUCUGAUGGAAAGUUGUUGGGCAUCUGAUCCGGCAGAGAGACCAUCGUUUUCAGAAAUCUCUCAGAAGCUACGGAGUAUGGCGGCUGCGAUCAAUGUGAAAUAACUCUUAAAUAUAAAAGCCAGUAUAUUUCACUUUGCUCUGUCGUAUUGAGAAGAUGAAAAAAAUAAAAUUAUUAUAUGUCACUUUAAGAUCACAUCUCGGUUUUGAAGUAUUGCAGACUAAUAAUGUAAUACUCUUCCUUGGUGCUCUACAUAAAUGAACCUUUCGUUGAACUGCCACGAAAAGAAUCCCUUUAUAUGGCUCUAAAGACUGGAUUCUGCCCAGAAGACUUCAUAAAACACCAAAAGGAGGGCAACGAGGGCACAAUCCGAAUGAUUUUGUUACUUUGGAUAUAUAUGAACACGGUGGCAGUAUGAAAGGCGAAUCUCUACUAUUAUUCGACAACACGGGACCAAGUUUUUAAUUUAUUUUUGAAGGAUUUGUACAUAGGUUAAAUAUGAAAUAUUGUGUUCUAAGUUUUUAUCAUGAGAGAACACAUUCAUAUUCUGCUUCAAAAUAUCAGGUGAACUUGGGACCCUGUCCAUUAUGAAUCUUUUCGCUGUGCUUCAUUUUUAUUAAAGAAUUUGCAUCCAUAGUCUCUCCUUAUUUUCCUACAAUGAAGAGACUUAUAGAUAGAUGUAUAAUGUAAUAUGAUUUUUCCUUGAAA